AUGGCCAAGCGGGCCAGGAAGCAAGCGAAUCCCACCUCUCCAUCUCGAGGCUCUGGGGAUGGCGGAGACACUUCGCAGGACAAGAGACAGAGGACGAGCGACGUCACAGGCGCAGGGUCAGUUCAGGCGCAGAGCCCAGCUGCAGGCGGAGGAGAGGAGCAGGGGGCAUUUGGCAAAAUCAGGGUCUCACUAGCAGACGCUAAGACCUACACCGAGGAGGGCAUCGACGCGAUUGUCGAGACCGCCAUCGCCCGGGUGAGGAAGUGGCAAGAGAAGAAGAAGGCGGCGCUGCGCAAGCACAGAGAUGAUCCAGGCGGCGUUGCGAUAGCAAUGGCGCAUACAGACCCGCAGGAUGAUGCCGAUCGUCAGCCGCCAAGCUUCGAGGAGUUGACUAAAGCGUUACUUGCGCCGCCUGUGUGCGUGGCAGUGCGGCCGCAGGUGAGCGGCCUCCCACCCUUGAGGAAGGUGCAGAGCGCGGUGGCCAAUGAGGAUGGCGAGCUCGGAGCGUCGGCCCCGGCGCUGACCGCUGCCGCCUCGCCGUCGCCGCCGCAGCCCGAGGGCCGCGAGGAUGCGGGGUCGGAGAACCAGACCGAGCAGCUCGCUGUCGAGUCCUCGGUCGGCGCGCCAGCCCCAGCGCCCCCAGCCUCGGCGGUCCGUGGCGCCUGCGAGCGCGAACCAGCGUCGCCCAGCGUCCUCGGGGAUGACGACGACGCGGUCGGCGCCAUCGCGGCGGUGGGCGGCAGCUUGGCCGACGCCUUGGGCGCGGACUUCGGCGACUCCAAGAGCUGCAUGGGGGACGAGGAGGGCGGCGCCGAUGACGAUCACUGCCAGGUCGACGACCCGCUGGAGCGGGAGGCUGGCGCCGAGGGCGACGAGGACGCCGUGCAGAUCAUCGGGGAGUCCUUCUCCACGCCCCGGAGGAAGCUGCGACCCCACGUGAGCGCGUGCUGA